CUGCAAAAUUUUGUAGCAGCUUGUACCACCAAAUCUCGCACGGAAUGAGAUAUGGCCAACUUGUUAUAGGCCCUGCAGGAAGUGGAAAGUCUACUUACACUAGCACUAUACAAAAACAUUGUAAGGACCUACGUAGACUCACUUAUUGCGCCAAUCUGGAUCCGGCUGCAGAAUAUUUUGAUUACGAUGUUGCGGUAGAUGUUAGGGAUUUAAUAAGUGUUGAAGAUGUCUUUGAAGAAUUAAAUUAUGGUCCUAACGGUGGACUUAUUUAUUGCAUGGAGUACCUUCUGGAGAAUAUUUCUUGGCUUACAGAAGAAAUUGGUGAUUAUGAAGACGAUUACUGGAUAUUCGACUGCCCGGGACAAAUAGAACUUUAUUCGCAUUCUACAAUAGUGAGAGAAAUUGUGGAACAUUUGGAACGUAUGGACUUUAGAAUAUGUGCUGUGUACCUUUUGGAUUCUCAAUUUAUUCAAGAUCCUUCUAAAUUUUUUGGUGGCUGCCUUUCCUCCAUGUCCGCUAUGAUUCGACUUGAACUACCACAUGUUAAUAUUUUAAAUAAAAUGGAUAUAAUAGGCUCGGGAAUUCGUAAGAAAGAGCUGGAGAGUUUUUUAGCACCGGACCCUCGGCUUAUUUCGGAAGAGUUAUCCAACGUAACGGAGCGUUGCAGAAAAUUGAACGAGGCCAUCGCGGAUCUUGUUGAUAGCUACAGUCUGGUUUCCUUUAUUCCUCUGAACAGAGAAGAUCCUGAAAGUGUUUAUCAAGUUCUUCAUCAUAUUGAUUUUGCAAUUCAGUAUGGAGAAAAUUUGGAACCGAAGGAAACUUUAUAUUGUAGCGAUGAACAGCAAAGUAAUAGAAAUUAAACUAAAUUUCUUUUCUUUGGAGGAUUAGUGGUGACUGCUGGACAUUAUACAAUUAAUAAGUUGUUCAUUUUUUUAAAUUUUUUGGUUUUACCAAUCCGACAUUGCUUGG